UUUAUCUGAGACAUGGUCUUUAUUUUUAGGAUCAGGCCAUUUCUGCUGUAAUCUGCAACAUUACUUUCAGAAUGUUCAGCAAACACUUUUGGCAAAGACUGUCUCCUCACAUGUCAUUGUAAGACACCCGGAUGUAACCGUGUCACUGGAAUCUGUUUCUCAUCUGAUGGUUGUAGCGACGAAUACAUUGGUAGCUCGUGCAGUAAAAGAUGCGACGAUGGUUUAUUUGGUCCAUCCUGUGAACCCUGUUCUACUGGUUGUACCGAUCCUGUAUGUAACAGAACUUCCGGAUAUUGUAGUUGUAAAGAUGGUUACCAUGGAAAUGACUGCAGUCAGAUGUGUCCAAUUGAGUGUAAAGGAAACACGUGUGUUAAAGUAACUGGGUCAUGUACAGUUUGCGAACCUGGAUUCUAUGGUGACAUAUGUGACAAGGCCUGUCCACUCAGAAAUUGUAAAAACAACAUAUGUUACCAGACUGAUGGUCAAUGUACCGAGUGUGCCACUGGACUAUAUGGUGCUGUCUGUGACCAGAUUUGUCCGGAUAACUGUAAUAAAGAAUGCGAUAGAAUCACCGGAGUAUGUAACGAAUGCAAAACUGGAUUCUACUAUGCCUUUUGUGAUAAAAGUUGUCCGCAAAACUGUAAGGGCGAUACUUGUAACAAGACCAAUGGGCAUUGCAAAGAAUGCAAAGCUGGAUACUACGGUGUGCAUUGUGAUAAAAUGUGUCCACACGACUGCAAUGACAACUUCUGUAUACAGACAAAUGGAUACUGUGCAGGUCUUACAGACACCAUUAAUACUGCUGCAGUCGGGAUAGGUGUUGGAUGUGGAGUGGUCAUUUUAGUACUGGUCAUCUUAGUUAUUGUACAGACCAGGCGUCUCUCGAUGAAGCACAGAGACAACUCGGGACCUAUUCAGAUGUCCGACAUCUUACAACAAGUCAAAAAACACGAGAUAAAGACAGAUAUAGUCAACCUAAAGAAUCAGUUGGAAUUGGAUGCAACGCCUGCGAAUAUAAAUUACCCUGUGUCCGGCACAACAGACGGAAAUUACGGCCCUUUUGCUCGCGAUAUUUGUAUGGCCUCACUAGAGGGGGCAAACAUGGUCUGGUGGCGAGGGACUUUACCUUCUAAGGCAAGAAUACAGAAAAUCGACAUCGAGUUUAGAAUUGCAGAUCAUGCCGAUGGCUUUGCCUUGUGGAUAUCAAACGAUACAGGUAUACCGUCUGGUAACAAAUGUUACGAGGAUGUGGACGCCGGCGUCCCAAACCUAACUCAAAACAUUACCUCGUGUAACAGAACCGGUCGGAGAGUGAUGAUAAUCAUCACAAGGACACCACCACGAACUGAGUAUAUGGACGUGUGCGAGGUCGAUAUUUACGGUUGUUUUACACAUAAAUAUGGUGACCAGUGUCAAUUCAAUUGUACCCACUGUAAACACGGCUGUGACCCUGACAAUGGAGUUUGUGAUUCAACACACUGUAAUGCGGGAUGGACUGGACCACAGUAUUGUGAUCAAGCUUGUUCAUCAGUUACAUUUGGAGAGAACUGUGUUGAGGAAUGUCAUUGUAAGACGCCCGGAUGUAACGGAGUGACCGGACUCUGUCACACACAAGGAUGUCAGACUGGUUACCAUGGAACCAGUUGCAGUCAAGGUUGCUCGAACACAACGUUUGGAGAAAACUGCUCAUCGAUGUGUCACUGUGAAACUCCUCGUUGUGAUUCAGGUACAGGUCAUUGUAUCGUUACCGGGUGUGCAGCUGGCUGGAAGGGGGAGUCAUGUGACACACAAUGUUCAGCAAACACUUUUGGCAAAGACUGUCUCCUCACAUGUCAUUGUAAGACACCCGGAUGUAACCAUGUCACUGGAAUAUGUUUCUCAUCUGAUGGUUGUAGCGACGAAUACAUUGGUAGCUCGUGCAGUAAAAGAUGCGAUGAUGGUUUCUUUGGUCCAUCCUGUGCUCCCUGUUCUACUGGUUGUACCGAUCCUGUAUGCAACAGAACUUCCGGAUAUUGUAGUUGUAAAGAUGGUUACCAUGGGAAUGACUGCAGUCAGAUGUGUCCAACCAAGUGUAAAGGACCCACGUGUGCUAAAGUAACUGGGUCCUGUACAGGUUGUGAUCAAGGAUUUUAUGGCAAUGCAUGUCUUGAUCGGUGUCCGGUGAAUUGUGGAACAAACACGUGCUUUCAGUACAGUGGAUUUUGUACAGUUUGCGAACCUGGAUUCUAUGGUGACAUAUGUGACAAGGCCUGUCAACUCAGAAACUGUAAAAACAACAUAUGUAACCAGACUGAUGGUCAAUGUACUGAGUGUGCACCUGGACUAUAUGGUGCUGUCUGCGACCAGAUUUGUCCGGAUAACUGCAAUGAAGAAUGUGAUAGAAUCACCGGAGUAUGCAACGGUACGUUCACUACAACAUGA